GAUUCUUCUCUCAUUGUCAGUCAUCAGCUGGUUCUUCUGCUCUGUUUCAGCCGUCGCCACUCAGCUAAGAUGACAUCAGUCUUUCCAUUGGCUGUGUUGCUCUGUCUGUCCAGCGGACUGCUGGCUGCAAAUGGUUUCUAUCGCCCCUGCCCUCCUGGUUGGACUCAGUUUGACUCUCGCUGUUUCGGUUACUUCAUCCAGCCAAAGACCUGGCUCGAUGCAGAGACCACCUGCAUCGCUGCUGGAGGGAAUCUGGCUUCCAUCCACUCAGCUGCAGAACAUGCAUUCGUCAAAGACUUCAUUAGAAGAGUGUCCGGUACCCAGAACCCCUCCUGGAUCGGAGGCACUGACGCAGUGAAGGAGGGUACGUGGAUGUGGUCUGAUGGAUCUGCAUUCAACUACAAAAACUGGAGUGCGAGGGAGCCUAACAACAUCAAUGGAGGGGAGCACUGUCUCAUGAUGAACUGGCCUCCAGGAGAAAACUGGAACGACUCGAUAUGCACCGGCCAGUUUCCUUUCGUAUGCUCCAGGGACCUGUGUGUGUGACUCUAACACACCAUGAUGAUGCUUCUACAGCUCAAAUAUAAUCUCUAUCAUUGAUUCAUCUCUAAUCUCU